AUGGAAAUAGAAUAUCGUUUAAAACAUCAUUCAAUUAUAACAACUAUUUUAAUUCAUCAAAUUUAUCAUAGUACCAAUAAAUCUGUAACUACAUUUCGACAAGCGAUUGUGAUUGAUAAUAAUUAUCUUGAUCUAGAGUUAUUUAUUUACUCAUGUUCAACUAGGUCAACACCAAUACAUGAAGCUUUUUAUUGUGGAUUAAUUAUUGGUGAAUUACGCACAAAUAUAAUUGAACAAGAAUAUCCUAAACAAAUAAUAAAUAUAAAUGAAAAACAUGAUUUUGAAAAUGAAUUAUUGUUUUCACUAUUAACAACUAUUGUUAAUAACUUGAGUGAAUUCAUAAUUACAAUAAAUAUUAUUGAUGAAUGUCAAUUAACAUCAGAUUGA